UCACCUUAAUCCUCAACUAACCCAUUCCUCAAUUCAAACCACGCAUAUUCCACCCCUUUGGUUUCAUUUUUUCCAUCAAACAACACACAAACAAACAGAAAUAUUUUCAGCUCAUAGUAUUAUUUAAAAGAAAAAUAAAAAAUAUGACCGUUUCUUGAAGGAAUAUUUUUCUGCUUAGGUUCUAAGGACCUUCAAAUCAUACUUGGCCACCAAUUAUGACACCAGACACAACAACUCCAAGUUAUUGGCUGAACUGGAGAUUCUUAAUAUGUGCAAUAUUGAUAUUAGCAGCUAUGGUGAUUUCAGUUCUCCUUAUAUGGAAGUAUGAAGGUUCUACAAAGUCGAGAAGCCAGCUAAGAGAAAAUGGGCAAAAGAAAGCAUGGGUUUUGUGCAAGGAUGAUGUUUGGAAGACAUGUUAUAAAGCAAUACAUCCUAAUUGGCUGCUUGCUUAUAGACUGAUUGCUUUUUCCCUGCUUCUGUCUCUACUCAUCGCAGAUGUAGUUCUCCAUGGCAUACGCAUACUUUAUUUCUAUACCCAGUGGACAUUCAUCUUGGUUACGGUCUACUUUGGGCUAGGAUUAUCAAUGUCCAUCCAUGGCUGUCUCCAAUCUCAAAAGGGAGGUAGUGGUGUUGGCACUGAUGGUGUUGAUACAGAGAGAGGCACUUACUCUGCUCCAGUUCCUGAAAAUGCAAGUGUACGUAUUGUACACAGUGGCUUGAAUUCCCAUGGUGAGCCACAUGUUAGAGAAGAAGCAGAUUCUUUGUUCCUCGCCUUUCAAAUAAUUUUCCAGAUGACUACAGGUGCUGUUGUGCUUACAGAUGGUGUUUUUUGGCUCCUUAUUUAUCCAUUCCUUACUGACAAGAAUUACAAAUUACAUUUUUUGGCUGCUUGUGUGCAUACCGUGAAUGCUAUUUGCCUUCUAGGUGAUGUGUUUUUAAAUCAUCUACGGUUCCCUUUCUUCCGGAUAGCAUACUUUGUUAUUUGGACAUCUGUGUUUGUCACUUUUCAGUGGAUCCUCCAUGUUUUUGUCUCGUUGAGGUGGCCGUAUCCCUUUCUAGAUUUGUCAUCUCAAUAUGCUCCCCUUUGGUACUUUGCUGUUGGUAUUCUCCAUCUCCCCUGCUUUGGUAUCUUUGCCAUACUAAUUAGAAUAAAGAAGUGUUGGUUAUCCAGAUUAUUUCAUAGCCCGAUCGAGAUGUAAGUCAAGUUGAAGAUGGUCAAUGAGUUCAAACACCAUUAAGCAGCCCAGCAUUGCACGAAAUUGUAUUGUUAUUUCAGUGGUAUUAUUUUUAGUGCACUGAAAUCUAUGAGAUAUUUUUUUAUUGAUUUGAUUUGAUUUACUAGCUAGUUAGCUGGUGUCAUUGUACUUGUUAUACUCAAAUUGUGAAAUGAGAAAAGAAUGUAACCUAACUUGGCUGCUCUGGUGGCGAUGUUGCAAUGCCCUUGUGUAUAGUGUUCAGCAACUUUGGACACUAUUUUAUGAAUUGCACAUUUUCUAGUAGUUCUCAUUCUCACUUUGGUGCACUGGCAAACACAGUAAUGUUUAGUAGGUCGUCCUAGAGAUUCGAGUCACGUAUAAACUAAUCGAACAGGCUAGAAAUAAAGAUGCAUUUGAUGAUUGGAUGGUAUGAUGAGUCAAAUUCAUGAGCCAUGAUAGGCACCCAAAGAGCGCAUUUUUCAAUAGGCGCCCCCCGUUAUUUCAACUCAAUUUGUUCUCAUUUCAAAAUAGAAAUUGAAACGCAAUUCAGUAAAAGUAAGAAAAUCUCAUAAA